GAGUGAGUGUGUGUGUGUGUGUGUGUGUGUGUGUGCUGCUAUGUACUCGCCUCUUUCUUGGUUGCACACACUCCUGUCUAUCUGUCGAGACCGGUGUCUACUUUAGAUGUGUGCUGAAACUGAACACACCUGUCCUGCCCACGUUAACUAAUGCUAAGUGUGCAGCCUGCUAGCCGCUACAAUCAACCUAGCUGGCCCAAAGUGCUGCUGAAAGCUGCUGCGACGAGCUAACGUUAAUGUUAACAGCAGCUGGCCGAGCACGUCCUUCAUAUUUUCAACAGCUGCUGCUCUCACUUGGCACUAUGCCCGCAGCUACUGUGGAUCACAGCCAAAGAAUAUGUGAGGUGUGGGCCAACAACCUGGAGGAGGAGCUGAAGAGGAUACGACAUGUCAUUCGAAAAUACAACUACAUCGCUAUGGACACAGAGUUUCCAGGUGUCGUAGCCAGACCGAUCGGAGAGUUCAGGAGCAACGCCGACUAUCAGUACCAGUUACUGCGCUGCAAUGUUGAUUUGCUCAAGAUAAUCCAGCUGGGCCUCACGUUUAUGAAUGAACAAGGGGAAUACCCUCCGGGAACAUCAACAUGGCAGUUCAAUUUUAAGUUUAACCUCACAGAGGACAUGUAUGCACAGGACUCCAUCGAGCUCCUGACCACUUCAGGGAUUCAGUUCAAGAAGCACGAGGACGAAGGCAUCGAGACGCUGUACUUUGCCGAGCUGCUGAUGACAUCAGGAGUGGUGCUCUGUGACGGGGUCAAGUGGCUGUCGUUCCACAGUGGCUAUGACUUCGGAUACCUGAUCAAGAUUCUGUCCAACGCUAACCUGCCUGAGGAAGAGGUGGAUUUCUUUGAGAUACUUCGCUUGUACUUUCCGGUCAUUUAUGAUGUCAAGUACCUCAUGAAGAGCUGCAAAAACCUGAAGGGCGGACUGCAGGAAGUAGCUGAGCAGCUGGAGCUGGAGAGGAUCGGACCGCAGCAUCAAGCCGGCUCCGACUCUUUACUUACAGGCAUGGCUUUCUUCAAGAUGAGAGAGAUGUUCUUUGAGGAUCAUAUCGAUGAUGCAAAGUACUGUGGUCACUUGUACGGGCUCGGCUCCGGCUCCGCCUACGUCCAGAACGGAACAGGGAACGCUUACGAAGAGGAGGCUAACAAGCAGCAGUCGUGACAUCACUCUGAAAAUCUCCCAUCCUGCGGUUCACAUUCAACAAUCAGUGCAGCGCUGAAGCAAAGCUUCGACGACUGGAUGAUAACAAUGGAAGAACAUAAAACAUACAUGCAUCGUUUAACAAGCUGUUUCUCAUAGGUUCUGCUCACCUUAGACAACUGAAUAUUAUGAUGGUCAAUAGGCGAAAAAAUAUCACAGCUGUCCUCACACAUAACGCUGGUGGUGCGCCUGUGUGGGUUUAGUGUUUUAUUCCUACGAAGCAGCGUAGACUGUCUGGUUGGUUCAGUUAAAAUUUAACAUGCUUGAAAAAGAUGGGAUUUUAGUUUUCCUAAAAUGUUCUGUAGAAACGUUUUGCACUUUAAAGCUCUAACCUGAUUUUAUAUGGAAAGCUGAAAAUGUUUCUGGUGUGUCUCUCCUCUUUGUUGCCUUCUCUACGUUCCCAUUUUACAUUGUGAACAUGUAAAUCUUUACUAUCACAACAACCGCUUUCACCAUGCUCAGCCUUAAUAUUAGCUGCAUUCUUAUCUUUUAAACUUUAAUUUAUUGUACUGGUUAUCUGACACUGAAUAGAUGCCCCAGUCAACACUGAGACGCCACAUGUUGUGGUCUUCCCUGGUCAUUUCUUGGAUUUCUUGUCUGAUAAUGAGAAAGGGAGCUUUCAGUGAGUUUUUUGUUGAGUUUUUUCAUAUAAAGAUAAUGUUUAUAAUGACCUAAAUAAGCUCUAGAAGCCUCUAGGUAACAAGCUGCUUAUAAGUGAACACCAUUUCCUCUGUUGUGUUGGUUUUCCUGUCGGCAUUCAUGAUAAUGCUCAGAAUAGUUGCACACAAGCAUAUUUACAGGAUGUACUUAGAUGCAUACAAAUGGAGGAAUGCUUCAGCUAAAGUAAGCAUUGAUUAUUUGUAUCUGUAAACGCCCUCAUUGACUCAAGCACAUAACGAACAAAGAUGCAUCACAUCUCUAAACGACCUUGGCGCCGAGCAUCAAAUUCACCAGACCUUAAGAAACAAUUAAAAAGUUUUAAAAAAAACUCACCUGCUGUAGGACAAGAUGAGGUUACCCUGAACUACUCUGUUGGGAGUAAAUAUUCAUUUUUUUAAUUGAGAUUAAGGUUUUGUAGAGUUUUAGUGUUGUAAUAAAAGCAAACAAAAAAAACAAAACAAAAAAACCUUUUACUCAUUGGGGAAAAAAAUCAUUUUAAAAUGCAUCUCUUUGUUUCGGUGGAGUUCAUUUGACUUGUAGUUCGGGCCUUUGAAUGACAUUUUUGUGCAAUUUAUAUUUUUUCUUGUAUUGCUUUCCAGUUCAUUCAUGCUGCAUAGAAGAGCCGCAUGUACUAAAACGUUUGAAUAAAUGCUGUGUUGUUGAAUAGUAUCCAGAACUUCCGUAGGUGUGUGUUGAAGUGUAGGUUCACAACUUAUUAACCUCCCUCUGCGUCAGAUACUGAUAAAUGAAACCUUUUUCUUUCCGCAGAACAUCGCUCACACUGUAAAAGAGUUUAAGAAAAGAAUAUGCAAUAUAAAAGAGGAUUGUUUUUAGAUUUUUUUGUAAAUAAAGGCUUGAAACUUUUCUACCAUAAAA